GUGAGGCUUAAGCCCGAGAUUUCAUCUCUGGACUCAGUAUGGGCAAGGCUUUAUGUGCAGCAUGUCGGACUCUGGCCAGUAGAGGGAAGAGUCACACGCUCCGCUAGAUGUCAAGCUGAGCACCCAGGGACCACCGAUAACCGGAAGACUGGAGUCCCCUAGUGCCUCUCCGCCCAUCAGUCCGGAAGUCUCAGGCAGCCAUAGCCAGAUGCGGCUUAGCCUCGCUUCCGCGCGGAAAGCUUAGAACGCCGGUGGAGAGGCUCCGCGUGGGUUCUGCAGAGAGUGAAUUUUGACUGGUUUGGAAACAAGAUUGAAAGGAGUUGCAACCCUUCACCAGAAAGCGUGGUGACCACUUAGGAGAAAGGAAUUGGUGACAACUGAAGGUGUCUACAUCACCUGCUUUCCUGCUCAUACGUCUGCCUGCUGUCCCUGACCACAGCCAUCAUGCCUCGGGGCCAGAAGAGCAAGCUCCGUGCCCGUGAGAGACGCCGCCAGGCCCGAAGUGGAACCCAGGAGCCCAAGGGCGCUCAGGCCACCGCAGCAGAGGAUGCAGAGUUACCCUCUACUUCCUCUGCUGAUGUGGGGGUUGCUUCCCCCAGUUCCUCUGCCUCUGGUUUACCCCAGGGACUUCAGAGGGCCCCACCCACCACCACCACUCGUAGGGGCCAUGUUUCCCGCAAAAGAUCUGGUAAAGGUGCCAAGAGACAAGGUGAGGAAAGUGAAAAUCCUCUCCAGGCCUCAGCCUCCCAUGAGAGUGCAAGCAGAGAUCCUUUAAGUAGAAAGGCAGGAUUGUUGAUGCAGUUCAUGCUAUACAAGUAUAAACUGAAAGAGCCCAUUAAGAGGGUAGAGUUGCUAAAGAUUAUCAGCAGACAGUUCAGGCAGCACUUCCCUGAGAUCCUUAAGAAAGCCUCUGAGCGCCUAGAGCUGGUAUUUGGCCUUGAGUUGCAGGAAGACAAACCCAAAGGUCAACUCUAUACCCUUGUCCCUAAACUAGAGGUCUCCAAAGAUGGGAGCCAAAGUAGUGUCUGGGGCUUCCCCAGGAAUGGGCUUCUGAUGCCACUCCUGGGGGUGAUAUUCUUAAAUGAAAACUGUGCCUCUGAGGAGGAGAUUUGGGAAUUCCUGAAUGUUUUAGGGGUGUAUGAUGGGAAGAAGCACUUAAUCUUUGGAGAGCCCCGAAAGCUCAUCACCAAAGAUCUGGUGCAGGAAGAAUACCUGGAGUACCAGCAGGUGCCCAACAGUGAUCCUCCUCGCUACCAAUUCCUUUGGGGUCCCAGAGCCCAUGCUGAAACUAGCAAGAUGAAAGUCUUGCAGUUUCUAGCCAGGGUCAAUAAUACUGACCCCACAGCCUUCCCAAGCCUUUAUGAAGAGGCUGUGAACGAUGAGAAAGAGAAAGCCCGAGCCAGAGCUGCAGCCACGUCUGCUAUUACCAAGGCUGGUCAGGGUCCCAGGGCCAAGGCUGACAGCAGCUCUCACCCAUAGUGCAGUCCGAGGCAGAUUCUUCACUUUGUGAUUAUAAAGGACUGUUAACUGUUACUUUUGUUAUGCAUGAAUAAUUUUUUGACUAAUCUUGUGUGCAUGUUUUUCAACUGCUGUUCCUUUAAGAAGGUUUAUUUAGAGUCAGAAUUUAAGUUUACAUAUGAUAUAGAUCACACAUUUACUGCUGUUCAUCAGGUUUAGUUUUGUUUUUGUGAAACACAAAUUGUAAAGCUGUAAACCACUUUGGUGGUCCAGAAAAAGAUAACAUGGCAUUAGAGAUCAGGAAAUGUGAAAAAAUUCAUAGGAAAAUAUUUGAGAUUUGAAGAUAGUGGGGAAAAAAGUAAAACGUGAUCAGUUCCUGAUUGGCUUUAUUUCAUUUAGUCUUCUCAUAAAAUUAAAAAAAAAAUUCUACCUGGAUUAUAUUAUUACAUUCAAGAAUGUGUGAAAAAUUAAAUGGUUGUGAAUGAAACUUCUUGUCCAUGGUUCUUAUUUUAUCAGUCAUUAUGGUAGAGGGUGAGAGACUCUACUUCAUAAAGAAGUUAAAAGGAGACGGAGGGAAAUACUACUUUUUUCACUGCUGAGCAGAAUUUUGGCUGAAUAGGUAUUUUAAAGA